AUGGGAAUCAACCUUGAGUUGUCUGUCAAUUGUGCGAUAAGUCUGGCCAUGUUGCCAAAGUAUGCAGAUCACGUUCCUUACCCAUCACUUGGCCACAAAGCCAACUUCACUCAUGACACUCCGAGUAAUCAGUCAGGUUGGAUAGUUGACUCUGGGGCAUCUCAUCACAUCACCUCAGAUUUGCAUAACCUAUCCAUUUACUCUGAGUGUGGUAGCAAUAAUGAUGUCAUGGCUGGAAAUGGUGGAAAGAUUGGGUUGUUUGGUGGUGCAGGUGUUGGAAAAACAAUACUUAUAAUGGAACUUAUUAACAAUGUUGCAAAAGUUCAUGGUGGUUUCUCUAUGUUUGCUGGUGUCCGAGAACGCACUCGAGAGGGUAACGACCUGUAUAGAGAAAUGAUGGAAAGUGGUGUCAUUAAGCUUGGGGACAAGCAGGAUGAGAGCAAAUGUGCUCUUGUAUAUGGUCCAAUGAAUGAGCCCCCCGGUGCUCAUGCCCCUGUUGGGCUUACUGGCUUGACAAUGGCCGAGCAUUUUCAAGAUGCUCAAGGGUAG